UUCGCGUUUGAGAAUACCUCCAAACGGUAUUUAUAGAUUCGCACAAGGAGAUCUCGAAGAUAAGUGUUUUAAUCGACCUUCCCUGUCGCUUUUCAUUAAUUCGCGUUUCUAGUGGUUCAAGUUCGACCUCUCUCGUUCGACUUUGUGUUCCUAACGCGACGAUCGGAACCCGAGCCAGGUGACCGUCUCCUCGAACGUCGGAGCUAAAUAGAUUCUUUUUUCGGGAGGAAAAGUGGACAUGAGUAAAAGUAAAAGCAAAGCGUGCGUUUGAUCAGGCGCCAAAACUCUCGUCUAACGAUUCAAUGUACCGUGGGAGGUUGCUGGCCGGCCGGUAUCGCCAUUUUGGCAUUCGUAACCGGAAAGUAUGUGUGCGCGGCGAGGCCGCACGGUGCAGCUGCCCCGACCUUUAUCUUCCACACCGUUUCACCACCUCUCCGCUAACUUUCAUGGCUCGAACGCGUGUGUGGGUGAUCUAGAGGAUCACAGAUACACGCACAGGCAACUCGUCUGUUGCUCGUCUGUAUCGUGGGCCUCGAUAUAUAAUUAAUAGCCACGCUACACUACUGGAUCCAGGCCAGUACACGUGCUUUGUCAAUUCGCUGACAGAUAGUUUUCAGUCACAUGAACGAUAGCAGUUAACUCGUGUUAGCGAUCUUUCUUUUCAAAAUGCAAGUCUCUAGUCCAAACAAUGUAAAGAUCUAUAACUUGAGCGCUGGGAAGUCUCUCCCUGAGUGGUUAACCGAACGCAAACGACGGAAACUGUUGAAAAAGAAUGUUGACAUUCGUCGGCGCAUCGAACUUAUCCAGGAUUUUGAUAUGCCUGGCGUCAGUACUGCGAUUAGGGUAACAAGGGAUGGCCAGUAUGUUUUGGCAACUGGUACAUACAAACCACGCGUGAAGUGUUUCGAAGUGAAGAAUUUAUCUUUAAAAUUUGAGAGAUGUUUUGAUGCAGAAGUUGUCAGUUUCGAUAUACUGUCAGAUGAUUAUAGCAAGUUAGUACUUUUACAAUGUGAUAGAAACAUCGAAUUCCACGUAGCCUAUGGAAAGUAUUUUAAACUUAGGAUACCACGUUUUGGGAGGGACCUAAAGUAUCAUUAUCCGUCUUGUGACCUCCUCGUUGUAGGAGAUAGUAGUCAGAUAUACAGGAUAAACCUUGAAAGGGGGCAAUUCUUGCAGUCUUUCUUGACAGAGGCAUCGUCUUUAAAUAAAUGCGAAAUAAAUCCUGUUCAUCAUCUUAUCACUGUUGGAACAGAGGAUGGGAAGGUAGAGGCAUGGGAUCCUAGAUCUAGGAAUAGAGUCGGUACUUUAGAUUGUGCUCUGCAUUGUGUUACUGGGGACUACGGUUUGGAAAAAGUCCCUGCUGUUACUAGUUUGAAGUAUCAAGGAGGUUUGACGCUUGCAGUAGGCACGUCCACUGGUCAAGUGCUGUUGUACGAUGUUCGUUCGAGUAAACCAUUUUUAGUCAAAGAUCACAUGUACGGAUUGCCUAUAAGAAGCAUCGAAUUCCAUCAAACAAUGGGCAUGGUUUAUUCUAUGGACAGUUCCAUCGUGAAAAUUUGGGAGAAAGACAGUGGUAAAUUGUACACGUCCAUAGAAUCACAACACGAUUUUAACGAUAUGUGCGUUAUUCCGAACACUGGGAUGAUUUUACUUGCGAAUGAAAAUACGAAAAUGCAAACGUACUAUAUCCCCAGCCUUGGUCCGGCUCCUCAAUGGUGCAGCUUCUUAGACAAUCUUACGGAAGAACUGGAGGAAAUGAAUUACGAAACUAUCUACGACGAUUAUAAAUUCGUCACCGAGAAAGAUCUGGAGGAGCUGGAUCUUGUGCAUUUGAAGGGUACCAAUCUCCUUCGAGCUUACAUGCACGGUUACUUUAUGGAUAUUCGCUUAUACAGAAAAGCGAGGGACGUGAUGAAACCGUUUGAAUUCCAAGAGUAUAAGAAGAAAAAGAUCCAACAAAAGAUACAAGAGACCUGCGGUAGCAGGGUGCAGCUUGAAAAGAUGCCGAGUGUGAAUAAGGAACUCGCAUUAAAAUUAAUGGACAGCGAGACGAAUGCGAAAAAGAAACACAAGGGCUCUGGAAGUCUUUUGACGGACGACCGUUUCAAGCAGUUGUUCACCAAUCCUGAUUUCCAAGUGGAUACGAACUCGCAGGAGUACUCGUUGUUGAAUCCCGUCAUUUCCCAGCUCAGUAAGAGCAAAGCAAAGAAACUGAAGUCCAGACCGGUGGAACCAGAGCAGACGGAACAAGAAACGAACAUUCACGAAGACGAACACCAUGACAGUUCGGAUGAAAGUUUCAUUCACGACGAUAGCAGUUCCGAGGAUGAGAAGCAGUGGGUGAAAGAAGUAAAGAAACAAUAUCGGUUAAUAAAGAAGAACGAGAGGCAAGAGGAAGAGGACGAGCAGGAGGAAAAUGACGCGGAGUCGGGCACGUCUCAGCCACGGUUUUACGAGAUCAAGGACGGCGUAGAAUUUAAAGACGCGAGGCCAGUGGGGUACAUGCGAAGCAAAGCAACUUUGGGCGAGCGACUGAAAAGCCGCGGAACCGAUGACGUUAACUAUUCCAGUUCACGUGGUAACAGAGAGAUGACUUUUGUCAUGAAAAAGAAAAUGGGAGGACGUAGGAACUUACAGGUGAAGAGACACGAAAAGGGAUACAGGCACCUGUUGAGGCCUGCGGGAAAUUUAUAUAAGAAGAAGCGUUGAUGUAUGUUGUAGGCAAAUAAAAUAUUUUAAAACGAA